AUGUCAUUUAGUGAGAUUAUCAAUUUUCUCCCAAAAGGCCUUGAUACCAUUUACCAAGCAUAUUUUAAACGCCUUGAAGAUGAACUUAGAGCCAUAGUGCAUCAGAAUUUUGAUGUCUUGAGAAUAUUGGAAUUGCUAGUUGCUUGUGAAGGACCUCUUCCCCUCAAGUUCAUUUCUCGGGCUCUUGGUUUGGCUUCAGAUUGUCGCGAGACGAAAAAGAUAAUUAAAAAAGUUAACGAAACGCUAUCAUGCUUGUUGUACGUUUCUGAUGACCAAGUGACCAUUUUUCAUAAAUCUGUGAUUGAUUGGCUCCUUGCAAGAGGCUACGAAGAUCAUGAAUAUGCUGUUAAGAUCAGUAAAGCAAGAAAAUCUGUUUGGCUAAUUUGUGAACAAGUGUUAAAAGAAAUUAAGAAAAUUGUUUGCUGUGGACAUGAUUUAAACCUGACGAACGACGUAAAGUAUGCUUUGAAUCAUGGCCUUCAGCACCUGUUAGCGUGUAAGAUGAAGGAAAGUUGCUUUUGGGUCGUAGAUAUAGUAAUAGUACACGUCCUUUUAAAUAUGUACCGCGACAAAGACACCGAUACUGACUUGGGUGUAAUGAGUGAGUUGAUUCAACUCUGGGUAGAUGUUCUUAAAGUGAUCAAAAGCGACGAACUACGAGCACGAAUAUCAUGGCAUAUCGUUGAAUUCGAUUUUCUAAGUCAAUUCAUGAUUCCAAUAUUCGAAACACUUCUCAGAAAUAAACCAUUUGCUUAUUUAUACAUUAUUCUUACGCAUUCUCCAAAAGGAUAUUUCAGCGAUGAGGAGAAGAAAAUUGCAGAGUCGCUUUUAUCCAAGGCCACACCGUGUGUCGAGUUUAAUUUUUAUGACGUGGAUGCUAUGCCAAAAGUAAUCCGGCUUUUCCCGUGGGGCAGUAUUACAGAUGUUGCUGUGUCCGGUGAUAAGACAAUGGCAGCCGCACAGAUAAAUGGAAACAUCAGUGUUGUUUAUGUACCAACUAUGAUCGAGCUUUGGCAAUAUCGAUCAACUAAAGGUAUAUCAUGUUGCACAUUUGCUCCAGACGGUUCCUAUGUAUUAUUUGGUGAACUGGAAACUGUACUUAACAUUGCUGAAAGAAAAGAAGUACCAUUUUUCAACAGGAAUAAAGAAACGUUCACGUCGUGUGCGUUUUCUCCGAACGGAAGCAGGCUAGUAACUAGCAACGAUUCAAGAAUCAUAAAAUUAUGGGACGUUGCUAAGCAAGGCUUGCUGUCCUCACUUAGCGCUGAAGUUCUUGUUGGUGAGUGCUCCUUCAGUAGUACAGGUUUAUUUAUCAUUGGAAACAGAAGAUCUUACCCGGACGUUUCUAUCAGUGAAGACUCAGCAUCUAAAGCAGGAGGCUGUGUCGUUGGAGAAACCAAACCUGCCACAGAAGAUUUAUUUUGCGUUUGGAACGCCAUUACAUGGCAAAGGUGUGAUAAGCGAAACAUAGCUGAAGUGAGAGAACCAGGAAUUUUACGAAGUAAAAAAUGUUAUCGUUGUUUUCGACCUGGAUUCAAAGAAUUAAACUCCUGUAACAGAUUAGAAAUUGAAACUUGUUUACCAACGAAAUCGUGGGAAAAUUCAAUCGAAACCUGGUCCACAGGGACCUACAAUGAUGUGGAAUGCAUUUUUGCUUUUAACAAGCAGUCUUUGAGUGUCAUAGAAAAUACUCAUUUUACCACGCUUGCUGCUUGGAACGUUUUUGUUCGUGUUUUUUAUGAUCCUGACAUACAUUACUACUUCAGGAAAAUAGAGAAGAUUAAUGAUGAUCUAUGGUUCUACGCAGAUAGUGAAAAGUUGUUUGUCUUUGAGACAAAAGUUCCAAUACAUGAACAACCUUCCUGUCUACAACGUCCUACACGAGUUCUUUGGAGUUCGUUCUCUCCUGAUGGCUCCCGACUUGCCACCUGUACCUCAGAUGGAUUUAUCAACAUAUGGAAUGUCGCUGCCAGCCAGGUCGAACAAAGUUUCAAAUGGAAUAAGGAGGAAUCGUCAUUUGCUUGUUGGUGGUCGGAAAAGUUCUCGUUCGUAUUUGAUUUUUUUGGCAGGAUUCCCAGCUUAACAAAAUACCCGGUGAAUAGCAAUUUAAAAAUCCUAUUCUCUCAGAGCCAACAAGUGUCGCUGUCUCAUUUAGUGGACGAGUUCGUAUCCUUAUCAGCAGUCAUUGAUUUUUCCGAGGGCUUUCUUAGCUUUGAGUGCGGAAAGACGAAGCCUGUAAAAGUUCUCAAUGUCAACGGUGUUGGGGGACCGAAAAUGCUUACCUUACCAGGAAUUGAGCCGAAGAUGACUAUUACAGUUUCUCCUUAUGGUACUUUCAUCUUUGGUAGUAAAGAUAAACAUUACAUUUGGAAAAGAACUGCCGAGGAACCAGCUUUGUAUGAAGUUUUGUUUACAAAACCGACUACAAAAUUUGACUGCAAUUCCGUAUGUUGCUACAGUAACUGUUCUAAGGUCGCUCUUGUUUCGGAGAAGUCUAACAGUUUUAAUUUUUGUGGAAUCUGUAAAAUUAUUUACUUAGAUACCGGUUCUCAGGAAAGUAUAUCAUUUUAUCCUUGCUUUGGUUAUCUUAACCUAUUUUGUCUUAACAAGGACGACGGGGUUGUUAUAGCUGCAUCUCCUGAACUCAUACAAUAUUUUGACAUUGAAUCUGGUGCGCGUCUUGGGUAUUCCUAUCAACGAUAUUUGACAUGGGAUUCGCUAAAACAAACGAAACUUUCUCCAAACGGGACUGUGCUGGCUUUCCCUAGGAUAAGUGGCAAAAUGGAAUUCCUUCGACUGUGUAUUCCCCAAGACCCUUUGCUGUCCAGUAUUAAACGUAAGGCAGCUACGUUUCACUGGCAGACUUCUGAAGGGGUGCAGCCAAACGAAAUCACGAAAAUACAAAACAAGUUGUCAAGUCACAGGUUUUUAAAUUCCUAGGAGAAGUAAGUUUAAACAGACAAGUAAACAAAGCAAUGUCCAGAUUACACACAAAACUUACAUAUCUACUAUUGUCACAUGUUGCACCACAUACGAGUCUAAAAACGAAAUUGGAUGUAGAAACGAGACGCAGUAAAAAAAAGGAAAAACAAUUUGUCAGGUCAGAGUUUUUUUUAAUUCUGGGAAGAACAAAUUCGAUAAGUUUACAAUGGUUCCAUCGUCGAUUUCAAGGCACAAUCGUUCAAUCUUAUGGAGAAUUCCUUUUCUGUGGGAAAGCCAUUGGUAAGGAUGUAGUGAGCAAGGAAUGAAAAUCAUCGUCAAGAGCAUAAUUUUUGGGCAGCGGCUAGACUUUGCUUGGAGCCAGUCUAGAAUGGAGUAGUAAGUCACCUCCUUCCCUCCGCUUGUCUGGGAGUUCACCUUGGGCAAGUGAUAGUACUCCCUCGCCUCCCUACCUAGGGUUACAGGUUCUAACUAUGGACCAAGUAUCAUGUGUUAACAAAACCUGGUUACGAAAUGGAUGAUGAGAACGUGAUGACAUAAAGAUGAUGAUCAUGGUGUUUCUGAUUUGGAGAUGAUUGUAAUAUCUGAUGGUGAUGUUUUUAACUAUUGUGGUGGUUAUGACUGCAGUGUUGUGACGGUGGUGACAAAGAUACUGGUGACAACGCUGUCAUAAUGAUAAACCGUAAUGAUGAAGCUGGUUGUUGUGAUAGUGGUGUUGUCCGUAAUGGUGGUAGUGAUGAUAGCAGUGGUUGUUUUAUGAUGAUUCGUGUUCCAACGGUCUCGUGUGCUUGAGAUGGUGAUGGUCGUGAUUAUGGUUGUAGUGUUAAAAGUGUUAUGCAUGUGUGUGGAUUGUUAUGACGGUGAUGAUGAUAAUGGUGGUAGCAAUGAUCAUGGUUAUGACCACAGUGCUGUGAUAGUGGUGAUAGAGAUAAUGGUGAUGACGCUGUCAUAAUGGUAAAUUGUAAUGGUGAAGCUGAUGGUUAUGAUAGUGGUGUUGUCCGUGAUAGUGAUGAUAGUAGUGGUUAUUUUAUUAUGAUGGUCGCGUUUAAGAAUGUAAUGUACGUUGUGUGGAUUUAAAAGUGUUAUGAAUGUUGUGUGAUCGUUAUGACGAUAAUGGUGGUUAGAUGGUGGUGGCAGUGAUGAUGGUUAUAAUGUGAUCAAAACGUUCGUCUGGUUGUCAUGUCAAGAAUGAGUAAUCGUUGGAAGUUCGAGAUUGCACCAAGAGAAUAUUAAAAACUUGACUGGCGCAUGUUCAAUGGUUAAUAAACCAGGAACUAUGCAUUUGUGUAACAGGUCGAAAUUAAUGCACAUUUGACUGGACAGUUGACUGAGUGUUUUCUAUUUCUGAUCUGGAAAACACCACGUCGUUUGAUUUAGCAAAGUUUUCUAUCCAUAAGCAUUAUUAUUGUCAAAAUAUUAUUUACAGAGGGUAAACACAUUGUCACUCGAAGCUUAAAGUAUUCUCACAAUGGCAGACAAAUUUCUGACAAUUUUGACAUGACAAGUUUUCUUUGCUCAUCUGUAAUUGUAUUGACAAUUUUACCAGUUUUUUCUUUGACAAGUAUGGUAGCUUUUCAACAAGUGUACUUGUCCUAAAAAAUUGGCACGUACAAUUUGUGCUCGUUUGUAUGGGUCAACAAAGAAAAUUUAGCAAAGUAAUUUUGUAGCAUACAAUUAUUUGAUAAUCUGCGGCUGGUUGUUGGAAGCCAGUUAGCUUAAUCCUACGUUAAUGGCAAUUUUAAAGCAAAAUUCCCCACAGCCUGUUCAGAAACAUGAAGAUAGCGGUUUUCCAAAAUUUAUGACUUCAUCAAUAUAUAGUUUUAUUUUCCAAAGUUUUGAAUUAAACAGAUGUGCAAUGUACCCAAACCAAAACAGCGGGUUAAAUUUUAUCCCAAUUUUAUCCUUGUAAAACAUGGACUUGUAAAACAUGGACUUGUAAAACGCUAAACCAGCUUCGAACAACCGGCCCCAGGGAUAUAUAAAAAAUAACAAACGUGGUGAUUUCCAGAAACGUGAAAUGCAUAUUGAUUCCUCAUGAGCAAACGAUGAAGAACUUUGUCUCGAGUGGGUACUGCUGUGCUGGCGGAGAUAUAAAAUUGAAUUUUAAUUAGUUGUAUUAAAACGCAUCACCUAAUAUGUAGUGAACGUUAGGUUCACAAUUGAUUCAACCCACUUUGAUAAAUGUAAAUAUAAAAAUAUUUUAUAACAAACAUCCGUCAGUUCUUUUUUUUCCACGAUGUGAUAGAUACUAAUGCGGAACAAAUGAUUGGCUGAAACAUUGUUAAAACCGACUUGUUUGUGUGAGGUUUCACUUACGCCGCUUUCCAUUCAAUGGCCUGACCCAAAUUGUUUUCUCUGUAUCAAUGGAAAGAUCUGGUCUAAAAGAUAAGGGUCCUCAUCGCAGUCUUGAACAGAUUCUAGCGCAAAGUAAAGAACUGCCACACUGGCCUUCGUUGAACAGAAUCCCUCUGGGAAUGAGAAGCGGGAACCAAUCAAUGUUUCCAACAUUCCGCCACAGGUUGCCGAGGAGAGAUCUUGGGUCCAAGAUCUCUGGGCAAG